ACUGCCCCAGACGACGUUGCUGCCAUGCUGGAGAUCAAGACCCAGUACAACGUGACUAAAAACUGGCAAGGCGAUCCGUGUGUCCCAAGUGAUUAUUCAUGGGAAGGUUUAAACUGCAGUAAUGACAAUCCUCCAAGGGUCAUCUCAUUGAACUUGAGCUCAAGCAACUUGACAGGGGAAAUUGCAACUUCAUUCUCCAAGCUCGAACUAACCCGGUCCUUGGAUUUGUCAUUUAAUGAAUUAACUGGGCCACUGCUUGAAGUUUUGGAACAACUACCUAAUUUGAAAACCCUGGAUUUAAGAGGAAACAAGCUCACAGGUUCAGUUCCUGAGGCUCUUCUGGAACAGUCGAGGAAUGGAAAAUUGGUCCUGAGGGUUGAUGCAAAUCCGGAUCUUUGUCUGUACACUCCUUGUAAGGGAAAGAAGAAAAAGGAGUUUGUCAUUCCAGUUCUUGCAGCGUCUAUAACAGCAGUCUUGAUCCUUUUCUUCAUCAAUCUCAUUACUGUUUAUACUGUACAACCAUGGCUUCUCAAUCCCCUGUUAUCUUACACGGUUGCCAAAUCCAAAUCCAGCAUCAAAUCAAAGAAUCGACAGUUCAGCUACUCUGAGGUUGUUAACAUAACUAAUAACUUCAGAACCAUCAUUGGCGAAGGAGGAUUUGGAAACGUCUACCUCGGCAAAUUAGAAGAUGACAUUCAAGUUGCUGUUAAGCUUCUCUCUCCUUCAUCAAACCAAGGGUACAAGGAAUUUAGAGCGGAGGCACAACUCUUAAUGGUAGUUCAUCAUAGAAACUUGGUUACUCUUGUUGGAUACUGUGAUGACGGCGAACACAAGGCGCUCAUAUACGAGUACAUGGCUAACGGAAAUCUGCAGCAGCAUUUGUCAGUGACAAACCCAAAUGUCUUAACAUGGAAUAAGCGACUUUGUAUUGCAGUGGACGCAGCACACGGGUUGGAGUAUCUACAUAAUGGUUGCAGGCCACCUAUCAUCCACAGAGAUUUAAAACCGUCCAACAUCCUACUAAACGAACAAAUGCAAGCCAAGAUAGCUGAUUUUGGGCUUUCUAGAGCCUUUGCCACCGAAAAUGAUACCCACGUGUCAACUUGCCCGGUUGGCACAUUUGGAUACGUCGAUCCGGAAUUUGCAACAUAUGGGAACUUCAAAAAGGAAAGUGACGUCUAUAGCUUUGGGAUUAUUUUGUUUGAGCUUAUAACUGGUCGCCCUGCAAUAAUAAGAGGUCCUAUGCAAAACAAUCACAUACUUGACUGGGUUUCUCCUUUGAUUGGAAGGGCAGAUAUUCAAAAUAUCGUUGAUCCAAGACUAGAAGGAGAGUUCAACACCACUUCUGCCUGGAAAGUUGUGGAAAUAGCCAUGUCGUGCGCACUACCGGCUGCAAUCCAAAGGCCAGGCAUGAGUCAGGUAUUGGCAGAACUAAAGGAAUGUUUGGCUCUGGUAAUGACUCAUGGGAGAAGUCAAAGGAUAGCAACUGAGUGCAGAACUUCGAGCAUGCACACAGCACGUUCCAUUUCGAGCUAGAAUCAGAAAUUUCUCCCGUCACUACAUAGUUAUUGAACAAACUAUGCUAAAAAAUUCCUUUUAUGCAAUACGACAAGUCUGUUUGAAGAGCUUAUUAUAUCCUUGUUUCA